AAAACAACACUCUUUUUAAUUUAUUUAAAUACUCCAGAAACUAUUUAAAAGUAAAUAGAUCCAAACAGGCCCUUAAAUCUCUCCUUCCCCUUUUAUCCACUUAAAACUCUUCUCCAAUCAAUCAUCUCCAUGACUAAUCCCAACAAUUCACAGUACUCCCUUCUCCUUCUGCUUGCUGCCGUACUGACACUAGUCUGUGUGGCAAGCGCCUCUGAGGCAGCGAGCAGAUUAGAUCUACAAAAAAUCACGAGAGAAGAGAGAAAUUAUAUGAAAAAGAAAGUGAUUGACAUUAGCCACAAGUAUGUUCCUGAUUUGCCUGCUUAUGAUUCCAAAAGUGGACUUGGAAACUAUAUAAAACUUAAGACUAGCAUUAAGUUGGGUGAUCUGUAUAAUUUUUCUGUUUUUAAACUUACUACUCAUUCUGGUACACACGUUGAUGCUCCUGGACAUUUCAAUGAGACAUUAUUCGAGUCGGGUUACGAUGUUGUUUCACUUCAUCUCCAAACUUUGAAUGGUCCAGUUCUUGUAGUAGAUACUCCACGGAACAAGAAUAUUACAGAUGAAGUUAUGAGGUCAUUGAACAUACCUCGAGGAGUGAAACGUGUUCUUUUUCGAACAUCAAACACAGACAGGAGGCUGAUGUACAAGAAAGAAUAUGAUUCGUCGUAUUCUGCAUUCACCUCAGACGGAGCAGAGUAUUUGGCCCAGAAUACUGACAUCAAACUCGUUGGUGUUGAUUACUUAUCUGUUGCCAUUAGUCCCAAGGAUGAGCUCCUUAAAGUUCAUCAACAUCUUCUUAAUUCUAAAGAUAUUAUUCCAGUGGAAGGUCUCAACCUCGAUGAUGCAGUCCCAGGAGUUUAUACAAUUCACUGUCUACCGUUGAGGCUGGUUCAUGGAGAUGGUUCACCUACCAGGUGCAUCCUCUUCCAGUAAUAAUGUAAAGACAACUGUGAUACUUUUCAUGGAUAAAAUAAUACGUUACGUUGUGUGAAUACAAAAUUUCCAAGAGGAAUUUAAAUUCCUUUAGCUUGUCUACCCAUGAGAUUAUGCAAAUUUCGUUCUGGGUACUAAUAAAAAUGAAUGUUGAGAUCGUACUGA